AUGUAUCAUGAUGUGGAGGGCGACCUCAUUCGCGCCUACCAGCUCCUCAUGGAAUUGAGCGAGCAAAAUGGCCGCAAUCACGAGAUGUCGGGCGGCUUGCAUGGGCUCACGGACACCCUCAAAACACAGGCCAAGGAUCUCGCGGUUGGGUUUACGCUCCGGAGGGUGAACACGGAUAUUUCAAAAGAAGUGUUUGAGUCUGAGCUCGAACGCCAAAAUGCCCAGAUCAUUAUCGAGAACCAUCAACUCUUGCAGGAGAACCGACAACUAAACGGCUUGCUCAAAGAGUAUGAGCAGACGAUGGAGACUAUCAUGAUCAAGUUUCGCAGCCACGCGCUCGCAGCCCAGCAGCACGAGCUUACUCUAACUAAGCACUACGAGAACCUUCUUCUCGCCCGCGAGUCCGCGCAAAUGCAAGCAGACCUAUCAUCGAACACUGCUGUCGCUACCUCGCUUCAACGUCUCUCAGAGAACCUUCACGCACUUCUGCACUCUAUGGCAGGCGAGGGUCCGGCGGACACGCACAAGGACGGCGAGACACGCUCGCCCGAGGAAGAGCAGGAGCUGCUCGAGCAGCUGCUUGACAGCCGGGAAGACUGGGCGAUGGAGCGCGAGGCCGAGAUCGCACGGCUCGAGCAGGAGAACGAGGAGCUCCGGAAGCUGCUCGGCAUCGACCGCGCGAACGUCGAGGCGAAAGGCUGGCUCGAGGAGGAGGCGCGCGAGCUCACCGUGUCGCAGUACGUCCCCAUCGUCCGCCAGCCCCGCGAGCCGAGCCCACAGCAGGAGGAGCGGCCUGUACCAGGCAUCUCACCGUUCAUCAACAUCACCAGCGGUCCUCCUGGUCCGCCGCGGAUGCAGGAGGGGCGGAUGCAGGAUGGGCGGAUGCAGGAUGGGCGGAUGCAGGAGGGGCCUGGGAUGCGCAUGACGCAGGGACGGAGGCCGGCGAUGUUUGGGCAACGCGGGCGUGGCGGCGGACCAGCAUUGUGGGAGGGUGCGGCGCACCCGCCACCGCCACAAGAGCGGUCGUGGCAGGCGCAAGCUGGGCUAGACUUAAGCUGA